AUGGAUCAUAACUCGCCCCGACGUCGGUGGAGCCGGAAACCGGAGCCAAAGCCGGAUAUUUACUCCACCGUCAUAGUUCACCCCGAUUCCGAUUCCGAUUCCGAUCAAGGACGAUGUGAAGACAAGGAAGAAGAUGCUGACCUUUACGCUACAAUGGUCUACAAGGGAGAUGACGAAGGAGCUGGGGAUGACGGCGAAGAACACGAUCACACUUCGCUUCCUCCCUUGUUGAUGAAUCUCCCCAAGGAUUUCGGCGGUGGAGCCUCGUUCGACUAUGACGACGGCGACGGCGACGGCGACUGCGACUUCGGCACGAUGAUUUUCAAAACUGAUCGGAGUAACCGUGGCCGGAAUGCUCGGAACUCUUCAAGUCCGCGGAUGGCGGGUAGUCCCAGAUGGUGGCCGAGGCGGGGGGAAGACGUCGAUGACGCUUACUCCGAUAAGGAUGACGAUGCGGAGGAGUACGGUACGUUCGUUGUGAGAUCGAAGGCGAAGAAAGGGGAGGAGAGGGAGAGGGAGAUGUCAACCAUGGAAAGGGCGGUGGCUAGUAUGCAGAAGUCAGGGGAGUUAGGCUUUGGUGGGAAGAACAGAAAGUUCGAGUCUUCUCAAGAGAAUCGGCGGAUGCAGCAGCAGAACAGUAAAAUCUCCACAACCUCCAUUCCAGAGAGCAUUACCAAGGAAGAUCCAACAACCAAGUACGAAUUGCUCCAUGAACUCGGAAAAGGGUCAUAUGGAGCUGUUUACAAGGCAAGAGACUUGAAAACAUCGGAGCUUGUUGCUGUUAAAGUCAUAUCAUUGACUGAAGGGGAGGAGGGAUAUGAAGAGAUCCGUGGAGAAAUUGAGAUGUUGCAGCAAUGCAAUCAUCCAAAUGUUGUUCGCUAUCUUGGGAGCUACCAAGGAGAGGAUUAUCUUUGGAUAGUGAUGGAGUAUUGUGGGGGUGGAAGUGUUGCAGAUUUGAUGAAUGUAACCGAGGAGCCAUUGGAUGAGAAUCAAAUCGCAUAUAUUUGUCGGGAGGCAUUGAAGGGCCUUGCGUACUUGCACUCAAUUUUCAAGGUCCACAGAGACAUCAAGGGUGGAAAUAUCUUGUUGACUGAACAAGGAGAGGUCAAACUGGGAGACUUUGGAGUUGCAGCUCAACUUACAAGGACUAUGUCAAAGCGUAAUACCUUCAUCGGCACUCCGCAUUGGAUGGCUCCAGAGGUUAUUCAGGAAAGUCGGUAUGAUGGGAAGGUUGAUGUAUGGGCUCUUGGCGUUUCAGCUAUUGAAAUGGCAGAGGGGCUUCCUCCAAGAUCGACAGUGCACCCAAUGAGGGUUUUAUUCAUGAUAUCCAUCGAGCCAGCUCCAAUGCUUGAAGAUAAAGAAAACUGGUCUUUGGUAUUUCAUGAUUUUGUUGCAAAAUGCCUCACAAAAGAACCACGUCUUCGCCCAACUGCAGCCGAAAUUCUUAAGCAUAAAUUUAUCGAGAAAUGCAAAACUGGAUCUUCUGCAAUGUCGCCAAAGAUUGAGAAGGCCAGACAAGUACGAGCUUCGAUGGUUCUGCAAGCCCAAAAUGCUGUGCCUUCUUCAGAAGAUACUUCAACACUGGAUCCACAAUCGACUGAGGAUGUCAGAAUUACUGUUCCAUCUGAUAAACCACCUAGUACUAAAUAUCAAAAUUCCGAUGAGGCACCUCCAACCAGCACUGUCAAGCAGCAAGAUAUAUAUGGUACCACUGUGUUUAAGGGAGAAGCUGUUGAAUUCGGUACUAUGAUUGUCCAUGGUGAGGAUGAGGCAGAGGAGAGUUACACCAAAACACAACUUACCUGUGAGAAAGAACCUUCAUCUGCUCAGGUGGCUAGCUCUUCUGUCGGUAUUUUGGGAGAUGUCUCAGCUGACUCCUGGAUCCACUACAACAGAGGCCCUUCUGCCAAUGAUGUUCGAGUUGAAGAAUCAACUUCACAGAGCCUGCGAGCAUCAUCAUCUUCGGUCUCUAUCUCAAGGGAGGAUAAAACCAAGCUGAACAGCCUAUCUGGAACACAAACCGAAGGUGGCAGAGAUGCAGGUGUUGGCAGGAAAGCAUUUGCUUUGCAAGAUAAGUUAUGGUCCAUAUAUGCAGCUGGCAACACAGUACCGAUUCCAUUCUUGAGAGCAACAGACAUAUCUCCAAUUGCCCUCUUGUCCGAAGACAUGAUUGGAGGCAUGCAACGGGACAGAAACCGAACAGUAGGCGUCGAAGCUCUUCAGGAGCUUUUCUCUCCUGAUCCGCAGUUGAAGAAAGGGCGUCGGGUUCAGAAUGAGAUGCCUCUUCCUCCGAGCGUGUACCAAAGACUGACCUCGAGCUCAACCCUGAUGAAUCUUGCUCAAGCUUUAGCAUACCACAGAACUUGUUAUGAGGAGAUGCCAUUGCAGGAGUUGCAAGCUUCACAAGAGCAGCAAACCAUUCAGAACCUCUGCGACACUCUUCGGACAAUCCUUCGCCUCUAGUUUGGUUCUCUUCACUUUCUUUGCUUUUUUGUUCGAAUGAUCAAAUUUUGUAUCUUUUUUUUUCUUGGGUUUAGAUGCUAAAGACAUUAACGAUAUCAAAAUUUUCAUUUCAACAACAAA